AUGAGGUUUAUUUUUUGGCUGAUGGGGACGGUGCUGAUGAUAACUGGAUAUGGAUCUGCAGAGGAGUUUUUCGUGAGAUUCAAGACACCUAAAACAUUUGAUACAUUUAUGGGGUCAGGAAUUGAGCGAUUACGUUUGAUCAAGGAUCUUGUACACUGCAGAAUCGGCAGAGCUUUUUCGUUCGGCUCAUUUCGAGGGCUCACAAUCGAUGUGUCCAGCGAAAUAGCGGCGAGGAUCAGGAAAAAUCCUCUAGUGGCAGAGGUGGUGCCAAAUGUCGUGUUCAACGCGUUUGAGCACGACGACCGUCAGCGAGGGUCACGGUUUCACUAUGAUCCGCGGUUCACUAAAUUACAGCGAGGUGCUCCAAGGCAUUUGUCCCGUCUGUCUCGUCGAUCACAGUUACCGUAUAAUUCCAACGGCGAAGAGGGCCGUCCUGCCCGCUUCAAUUAUUACUACGACAAGAAGCAUCGUGGCGAGGGUGUUAACGCAUAUAUAGUCGAUACUGGGAUCUACAAGGAACAUGAGGAUUUCCAAGGAAGGGCGAUAUUUGGUCUAGAUCUCACCGGUGAGGGGCCAGGCGACGGAAAUGGCCAUGGUACUCAUGUCGCAGGGAUAGUGGGUUCGAAGAGUUUUGGAGUAGCUAAGGGGGUGACUAUGGUGGAGGUGAAAGCGCUGAACGCUAAAGGGCAGGGGAACUUGACCACGGUGAUCAGCGCAAUGGAGUUUUCUGUAAAUCAUUGCCGGUCGUCAAAUAGAAAAGGCUGUGUGAUAAAUUUGAGUCUUGGCGCUAUCCGAAAUUCUGUCAUUAAUCAAGCCGUGAAGGCCGCUCAUGAGGCUGGUAUGGUAAUUGUCGUUGCUGCGGGCAAUUCCAACAUCAAUGCUUGUUGGAACAGCCCCGCAUCUGCUUCCCAGGCAAUAUCAGUGGGUGCUUUUGAUGACCGAACGGACACGAUCGCGAAGUUCAGCAACUGGGGGUCCUGUGUCGAUAUCUUUGCCCCGGGCGUCAGAGUCUGCUCCUUGUCAAGCCUUCCGCCGUAUAAACCAACGGUAUUUUCCGGUACUUCAAUGGCAUCGCCUAGCAUUACAGGGCUGGCGGCUAUCCUGUUAGACAAAGGUGUAAAACACACUGAAAUCAAGGAUCACAUAAUAGGAAUGUCGACGAGUGAUGUAUUUCAGAGGCGAACCUUGAUCUUCAAGCCAGGCACUCCCAAUCGCGUGGCUUUCAACGGAGUCGACAAGUCGGACGACAGAUUCAGCAAUCCUGUCUACCAAGCUAUCAACGACGAUUCGCUGAUCGACGACUUAAGAAGCUAUCAACCGGGCCUGGAGAAAUUACGAUCGAUUGCAGACGGUGGCGUCACCAUAAACAAUCCCAAAGACGACAGUCCACGGCCCGAUUGUUAUCCCAACCCAAGUAAGAGAACUGUCUUAUCGCCCUGA